CAGCAACCACAAAUAAAGCACGUGCACCACCACCUCAGCUUCCUUACCUACCCUACCACCACCAGCACCAGGAUUGGUUGAGUUCGUCUCCGCGCCGCCGCCGCCGCCGUCAAUCUCCUCGGUAUAUCAAGCCACUCCAGAUGGCAACCUAUGAGCCCAAGAACAUCCUCAUAACCGGUGCCGCGGGUUUCAUCGCGUCCCACGUGGCAAACCGUCUGGUCAGGAAUUACCCGCGCUACAACAUCGUCAUUCUCGACAGGGUCGACUAUUGCUCCAGCCUUAGAAACCUCGACCCUUCUCGUGGAUCCCCGAAUUUCAAGUUUGUCAGGGGCGACAUCGCCAGUGCCGACUUGGUGAACCACCUCCUGGUCACCGAGUCGAUCGAUACCGUCAUGCACUUUGCUGCCCAGACUCACGUCGACAACUCCUUCAGCUGUUCCUUUGAGUUCACCAAAAACAAUGUGUACGGUACCCACAUCCUCCUCGAGGCAUGCAAGCAGGUUAAGAUCAGAAGGUUCAUUCAUGUCAGCACCGAUGAAGUCUACGGAGAAACUGAUGUCAAUGCUGUUGUUGGUAACCAUGAGGAAUCUCGGCUGCUUCCGACGAACCCGUAUUCGGCUACGAAAGCCGGGGCAGAGAUGCUGGUGAUGGCCUACGCAAGGUCCUAUAAUCUUCCGGUGAUCACCACACGAGGUAACAAUGUGUAUGGGCCAAACCAGUUCCCCGAGAAGCUCAUCCCCAAAUUUGCUCUCCUGGCAAUGAGAGGCCUGCCACUCCCGGUUUAUGGGAAUGGCUCGAAUGCCAGGAGCUACUUGUACUGUGAGGAUGUCGCAGAAGCCUUUGAUGUUGUUCUUCACAGAGGAGAGGUUGGGCAUGUGUAUAACAUCGCCGCGGCUAAGGAGAGGGGAGUGGUGGAUGUGGCCAGGGACAUAUGUGAGAUUCUUGGGGUGGACCCUGAGAAGGCCAUCAAGUUCGUGGAGGACAGGCCGUUCAAUGACCAAAGGUACUUUGUGGACGGUGAGAAGAUGAGGAGGCUGGGGUGGUCGGAGCGCACAACGUGGGAGGAGGGACUGAGGAAGACGGUGGAGUGGUACGCCAGCAAUGCUGAUUACUGGGGAGAUGUUGGCGUUGUCUUGCGAGGGCAGCAUCGUAACUGGACAUAUGCUGCCUCAUCACCGCAAGCUGAUGAAGCAGAUGAGGAUCCUACGUUGAAAAGCGCAAGAUCGAAGUGCAGGGCAAUGUUAUAAACUUUACACCCAUGCAUCCAUAGGCACAGGAGGCAACAACACGAUUCAAGCCUCAAAUACGAGUGAGUUUCCUAAGCUACUACUGCCAUUGUGUCUUGCACACAACUGUUACGAGUGCACAGAUUUUGCCUAAAGGUUCAGUCUAUUUUAAUGGAGGCAUGCCUUUCUUUUCCUGAUGAAUUAAUGGAGGCAGUCUAGUGGUGAUUUGCUUACA